UUUUUUAAAGAAUACGACACGGAAGAAAACAAACCAAACCUGUACAUAUGACAACAACGAUGACAGGAGAAACUGGAUUUUAAAUUUGUUUGAAGACACUCUGUGGCACAGUGAUUGUAGUUUAAGUAUCGUGGACCAGUACACUUAAAAGCUGCUAACAACAAUCACAACAAAGUGCAAAUUUAGCUCAAUCCCAAGUGAGGAAGAGGCUAACAGCUGCAGUGUAGUUCAAGCAGAUUGGCGCGUUUUGGAUGGAGAGCAUUGAUUAAUUAACUUGUACUGAGCAACAACAUGGACUGCAGCACGGCGGACGUGCCCAGUGAAGUGGCACAAGACCCUUCAGCUUCUGAUGACCCCUCAGAUGACGAGCCUUUGAUUAAAAAGAAAAAAGUCUCUGCACCAGCUGAGAAAGUGGAGGAAAAAGACAACACGUCACUCAAAUCAAAUGGCACAAGUGACAACAAAGCAGAUAUGAGUACAGAUGAUGACUCCGACGAUGAGCCUCUCAUAAAAAAGGACAAAAUGCCUUCAAAAGCUGCAGAGAAGCUUCGUUCAGUCCCUCUGAAAAAAAUGGUUGAUUUAAAGAAAAAAGAAUCACUGGAUGACGACGAUGACUCGGAUGAUGAACCUUUAAGUGAACUUGGCAAGAAACAGUACCCCCAACUUGAGAGAAAAUUCCCAUCUAGGACUCCUAGGAAAACAACCCCAGUCAUCAGAUCACCAAGGAACACAGCAAAAAAAGAGGGGAAUAACAGCUCCUGCUCUGAAGAAGACGUUCCUCUCUCAAAGCUCCUGGCCAAGCCAGACAGUGAAAAGAAGCAGUCACAUGAAAACACACACAGUUCCAACGUUAACUCAAAAAAGGACGAACAAGCUUCUGAUGACCCCUCAGAUGACGAGCCUUUGAUUAAAAAGAAAAAAGUCUCUGCACCAGCUGAGAAAGUGGAGGAAAAAGACAACACGUCACUCAAAUCAAAUGGCACAAGUGACAACAAAGCAGAUAUGAGUACAGAUGAUGACUCCGACGAUGAGCCUCUCAUAAGAAAGGACAAAAUGCCCUCAAAAGCUGCAGAGAAGCUUUGCUCAGUCUCUCUGAAAAGAUUGGUUGAUUUAAAGAAAAAAGAAUCACUGGACGACGAUGAUGAGUCAGAUGAGGAACCUCUGAGUAAACUUGCCAAUAAACAAUACCCCCAACGUGAGAGAAAGUCACGAUCUGGGACUCCUAGGAAAACAACCCCAGUCAUCAGAUCACCAAGGAACGCAGCAAGGAAAGAGGUUAAAUACGCAGAGACUUCCAGUGACAGCUCAGAUGAUGAACCACUGGCAACAAUGAAGAGGAAGUUGACAAAGGAGCCUAAAGACAGCAGCUCAGCUGAUGAUGAUGUGCCCUUGAUGAACCUCAUUGCCAAAAAGAAACCACCAGUCAAGAAAAACACAAAGAAGAAAACUGCAGCGCAAGGCAGAGGGUCAAAGAGACGAGAGUCGACAAGUGAUAGUUCAGACGAUCAACCCUUGAUUAAUCUUGGGAAAAAGAAGAGCACGGACAGACAAACAAGAGUCCAACUGAAGGCUUCACCUGCGAAGAAGAAGAAAAAUGCAGAGUCGACAUGUGACAGCUCAGAUGAUGAACCCUUGAUUAAUCUCGGGAAAAAGAAAAUGGCAGACAAACAAACAAGGAAGAACAUGAAGGCUUCUCCUCCAAAGAAGAAAAACAUAGAGUGGACAAGCGGCAGCUCAGAUCUUUCUGAUGGAAGCUCAGACUACGAACCCUUAGUUAAUCUUGUAAAACGGCGAAGCACAGGCAAACAAACGAAAAAACAACCGAAGGCUUCACCAGCAAAGAAAAAGAAAAACACAACUCCCAUAAAGUCAAAAAAGAAGAAUGUUUCAGCGUCCUCAAGCAGCAGUUCUGACGAUGAACCUUUGUUCGAAGCAGCUAAACACCCACAAGUGACCAAAAUCCUGAGCAUAAUGCUGGAGAGGUGUGAUGUUGAAGAAGCGAGGGACAUAGGCCUGCACAAAACCAGUCCAGUGAAAAAGAUUGCGGAAAAUUUCUCGAAGAUCAACUCGGAGAAAUCAUCAGAAGAAGAAUAAGCUGAUGGAAUACUGGUUAUGUUGUUUUUUAGUUUAUGUUGAAGAUUUAGGACUUCAAAAGUGAAAAUGUUCAGAGAGAUCGCUCCUUAAAAAAUCCCAGUGGUAAUGUUAAGUGCACAUCUGUGUUUUAUAUACAGUACAUACAUGUUCAUUUAAGGUGUUGUUCAUUGUACUCCCUUUCUUUUUAAACUUUUGGACCAGAUUUGGUAGUUUUCCUAAAAAAAGGUUUGAUGUCGUCUUCUAUGUUGGUUUUAAUGUUUUUGAUAUUGUUUGCACUAACUGCAUUCUCUGUGUUUUUUUUAAUGUUUUUUAAGACGAGUUUAACAUAUUGAUGUAAGUGAGAUUUGUGCUUUCAUGUGAACUUCUGACUGUGAUUGUCAAGUCAAUCAAUUGUUUUUGCACACUGAAAUGACAAAUGUGUUUAUUUGAUUUUUGACUCAAUUCAAUUUUUUUACAUUGGGCUGCUUUGGGGUAUCUUACCAACAACCAGCAGUUGUUACAUUUCUCAAAAGAGAAUUUUAUUGUUGGACGAUUAUUUAUAUUGUUCAUUUAUUCAGAUGUAAUAUCUACUUCAAAAUAAAAACAAGGGUUCAAACUA